AUGUUGAAGUAUACAGACGUUGACUUUCGUAGAUUAACAGGCUUUCAUAAGAAUCAGUUGACACAAAUCGCGAAAGCGUUAAAAAUACCCCAAAACGUUUCCAACUUCGCGUUGGCACCUGAUGAGUCCUUUUUCAUUUUCCUCGUUCGUCUUCGCAAUGGCUACACUUAUAGCGUUCUUGCAAAACUUUGCAAUCGAGAGAUAUCUACUAUUUCCAGAGUGGUCUCAUUUCUCACUUGCUAUCUUUAUCAUAUCAUAAUGCCGAAAUUAAUUGUCACUAGCGCGACUCGGCUACCAGAGCGAUUGAGAGACAUAGAUAGGGCGCUUAUAGAGGAUGACAGAUCAAUUGAAGGCUCAAAUGUCGUCGCUUUCAUUGAUGGUUUUCAUGUAAAAAUUGGUCGGUCUCAUAGCCACGCCCGGCAUGGAAGUGGAAUUGCACAAAACGCUAUUGACAAUGUGCAUAAGAAAACUAUUCUUUUGAGGUAUCAGGCAGUAACGACGCCCGAUGGGCUUUGCAUUGAUCUUUCAGUCUCUUUGGCAGCAAGUCAGAAUGACCCAUUCAUGCUGUACAGAGUGUAUGGGGAUCCUGCGUACAGAAGCUCUAACGUUUUGGUAGUUGGAUUCGAAGGCCAAAUGCUGACACCAGACGAAGAAACGCAAAACAAAACUAUGUCAGCAUCUCGGGUUUCGACUGAGUGGUUCUUUGCAGCAGUGAAAAACAAUUUCCGGAUCUUCAAUGACAACGGUGUUCUGAAGGUAGGUGGUGUGAGGGGAUGUGGGGCUUACUUUCCUAUAGCGAUAUUUCUAACAAAUAUUAAGCACUGUUUGGAGGGCUCACAGGCUUCGAAUUACUUCCAAGUCGACCCCCCCCCCAACAAUGGACGAAUACAUGAAUGGAAUGAAGUUUCCCGAAUUCUUUGA